AUUUGGCGGGGAAAGCUUUUUCCCGACUGCUCCCAGAAACUUCACAAAUGCUACUACAAUGACUACAAGAGAAGUUAAAUAUAAUUAUGUGGUGAACAACACCUACACUAUAAAAGUAGUAGCUGGUGAGUUGUUUAAACUUCAACAUCUUGAAAUAAAGAAAGCUGUUUUCCUGGAUCCUGAGAGACAACAAAUCAGGAAGAACCAUACUGAAAGAUCCUACUUUGAGUAUUAUAUGCUUGGAAUAAGAUGCCCGGAUUCUGGUACUUGUGCUACUCUAGCAUUGGAACCUGAGACUGAUGAGAGACUUGUGGAUCUAGCAGCCCAGUACAAUACUACAGCUCCGGGUGGGUAUGUAGCUAUGACGUAUACAGAGGAGAAGCGAGCUAUCCGUCCUGUAAUGAUAGAGGAUCGGAUACUAGCGGUAGAACAGAAGUUCUUCUGUGAUAGAACCACAGAGAAAACUGUUACUUUAACAGUUACGGAUAGUCAGAAUACUCCUAUGACGGUUAAAAGCUCUACCAAGAAACUAAGCUGUGAGUUCCCUGUAUCCGGUGUACUAGAUCUAACUCAGAAGAAUGAGAAGAAUAUUCAGAAUAAUACCUGGACGUAUAUCAAAACAACAGAAACCAACUGCACAGAUUGCUAUUCUCUGAGAGAUCCUAAAACAGGAAAAUUGAAGACUCGAACGUAUUUGGCAAGUCUGUGGGCUCGAGUUGGGGAAACUAUUAGGUUUCAUGUCAGAUUCACAAAGGGUUCCCAUAUGAUAUUCUCUUGGUAUCUCAACGAUCAGACGAAUCAUGUCAACUCUGAUGAUGAAUAUUGCUUUGCGGAUUUGGUUGGAGAAAAUGCUUUAGCUCAAGCAGAAGUUGAAAGUCAGAAUAUCACGUGGGAUGUGGGAGACACUGUCUGCAUUUUCCCUUUCCGGUUUAAGAACGUACUGUAUUAUGCCUGCACAAACUUAACUAUAGGAGGAAGUGAGGUGUACAUGUGUGCUACAGAAGUAAAUUUAGAUAAUAAUCCUAUAACGAUGAGCCUCUGCACCAAACAAUGUCCAAUACAAGUACCCCGGCCGGAGGAAACUGGAUUGACGAAUACAACAAGUAUAUUAAAAACUGUAGUCGAGGGACAAACUAAGUUUGAGAGUACAUUUGUUCAGUCAAUAGCUACAGAGAUCAUUCUAGACAGAACGUUUACCCUGCCCGGGUAUACUUACAACCUAACCCUGAAGAGUAGGAACAUGCAUGAUAUAACAGAAGAUAAUUUAAUUAUGAUCUGGACAAUAUACUGCGCUAAUCCUGUCAAACCUGAAGACUGGGAGCUCAGCUAUCCACCUCAACAUCACUUCGGAAAAAUGUUUAAUAUAACUCUGAAAGUAAAACCUAACGUUCCAUUACCCACCCGGCCUAAAAUACGAGUUUAUGCAGUUAUAGGAUAUCCUAAUACUGCCAGCACUGCUAUGCGUCGCUGGGACCACGCUCCUUUCAUAUCCAUGCAGCUGCCUAACUACGCGGUCAAAUUCUCCAUCCGAAAUGACAAAUCUGAGUAUGCGAAUAAAACAACUGCGGCCUGGUUUGCUAAACAAUCAGUGUUAACCUUGGCAGAUGCUCCACCCGUCCUCUACGAAGAAUAUGAAUUUAGGUAUCUUGGAGUAGAGAACCCAGAGGAGCAAUGUAUUCCAUCCUGCACAACAGGGGUUAAUAGAGCCCAGGGAACAUUUUCUAAAACCACAAAUCUUAAAGCAGGUCCAUCGGGAGAAAUUGGUUUGGGCCAAACUGGAACCGAAUAUGAUUAUCGAGAAUUUACUCUCCAAUUUCCAACCAUCAAAUAUCCGGGAUCUUAUGCAUUCACGGUUGUCAUGUGGAAUGGAGUAUCAGAUUUGAGAUAUAGUAGUUCCUGGAACCUCUCUCAGCCAGAAUACUAUCCUGCUGAUAUGUCCCUCCUACUACCUGGAGGACCUGGAUAUAUUCAUAAGUCCGGGAAGGAUGAAGAGUACUGUUUACAAUUUCCGAACAAAACUGAAAUACUUAAUGCAAACGGCUCUACGACCUGCUACUCGGGACAUGAUAUUGAGAUUGUGGAAAAAUCAUUGCAUAAAUGGAACCUCAACUGGGUUGAGAUAUUUCAAAAACUGGAAACUCCCUUCGAAGGGGAGCUGAGCUACGUCUUGCCGGAAGAAGCCCCGAAUGAUAUUGUCCUUUUAGACUUUGUCAAGCCAAAGUUCUAUAUGCCCGCUCAGGCUCAUCCAAACUUUAAGCUUUCUAUUUACAGAGGAACACCUCGAAAAAUUGCCUAUAGUUUUAACUCUACUGAAGUGGGGGGAUAUAACCCUGAGUUUUGUUAUAUUGAUUGGCCUCCUGGAAACCUGAUGGAUCCUUGUAUCUAUAAAACCUGUCCAGAUCAGGAUGCAGCCUAUGCUGGAUUCACACAAAAACUAUCCUGGAACAUUCAUCAUUGUAGUAAUGUAUCUGAAGGAAUAUAUAAUGUUCAGCUAGGAGCCUGGAAUAUUCUAGAUGGAUGGAUAUGGUUGGAUAAACCCUUCCUUGUUGAGGUAUUGGAACAAAUUGGUCCAAUAUUUAUCGAUGAUUUCAACAUCAUUAAUGAUUACAAUGAGACCAAAGAAUUUAAUAUAAGAUUUGGUAAAAUGGGAAGAAAAACCUGUGUUACCAUAGACUGGGGAGAUGGAUCCAAAUUAAACUAUUAUGGAAAUCCACUGAGCUGUAAACAAAGAUACACAGACAUAACAGAAGAUAUGGUCAAAGCUAUUGAUUAUGUGGGAAAACAGUUUUAUGAAGAACAUGUCUACAACGUCAGAGGACUUUUUGAAGUAACUGUCACAGGGUUUGACGAAAGAAGUUUUGCUGAAAAGAUUCUCCCAGUCACAAUAUUUAGAAUGCCAUGUAAGGUGCCAAAAGUGUGGUUGCCAGUCAACGAAACUUCUUGGCUCCGACCUGAGAGAGUUCCCAAAGUGUUUAGAUCCAAAUCCUAUCAAGUUGCAUCUAUGACCAUUCUAGAGUGUAAUGUAACAAUAGUUCCUAUCAUGGAAUGGAAAGUAUUCUCAGUUGCCAUUAAAAAAGAUCCAAGUUCUCAAACAGGAUUGAUUGAGGAGUUAACUGAGAUACAGAUCAAUGAUACUGUUCCCACCUAUCAAUCAUCUGUCAUUGAGAUCCCUCCUAACAUUCUAGAGUUUGGUUUGUAUAAACUCGUGUUCAAGCUGGAUAUCCCUACCGGGGUUCCAGAUUUACCCCUUUUUAGGCAAGCCCACACCUACUUUAACAUCACGAAGAGUCCCUUAGCUCCUGGUUUUAUUAAGGGUAGUGUAUCCAAGGUUACCCGCGGAUGGGGGCAGACUGUAACUCUAGAUGGAAAAGAGUUCAGUAUCGAUCCUGAUUAUCCAGAUGAUAAGAACUUUAACUAUACUUGGUUCUGUAGGAACGAAAUAGAAGAGUGGAAUGCUAUUUUCCAAUUUGACAGUGAUUUUAAUAAUAUUGAUGAGGAUUUCCCGUUAUUUAUUCCAUCCCAGGCGCAAAGAAUUCCUAAACCAGGAGAUCCAGCGAUAAUGUUGCCUGAACCCAACUCUGGUUGCUUUGGUAUGGGACCUGGUGGAAUGAGAUGGACUUCAAACAAACUGGUUUUUAACACCUCCAGUUUACUAACCUACGCCCAGGUUUAUGAAGUUGCUCUGAUCGUGAGUAAAGAUUAUAGAAUAGCUCAGACUAGCAUUAAGAUUGAUGUUGGAGUUCUCCCAGCUCCUGUGGUGGAAAUAUCCUGUGCAAGCGAGGGUCUGUGUACACCAACUCUAGGAGGAAUCUUUGUCAACCCUACCUCAAGGUUAGCGUUUAGAAGCAACUGCAUAGAACAGUGUGAAGGUGGAAAAUUGUCUUAUAACUGGAAUAUCAAGCUGGAUACAGCCAAGUAUCCAUUCCGCUUGAAAACUGUCUCUUGUGAUCCUGAUUUAACAACAACCACUACUACAACAACAUCAACAACAACAACCACUGUAAUUACAACAACAACGCUACCCCCGAUCUUAAAAAUUGAAUCUUCAACAUUUAUAACAGCUGAUAACCUGCCAGUGAUGGCUACCGAAGCAGCGGACGGAUCAUACGUGAUUGUAACCUUUGGAGACUUUACUGCCCGGAAAAAGCGACAGAUCAGUUUCACUUUAGGGGAGGGUUCCCAGUCAGUUGAGGAAUUAGGAUUUGUCGGACCACAGCAGUUAAUUCCUGAUAAAAUAGAUGUUGGUUGUUCGUCUGUAUUCACUACAGGGAUCAGCAAGAGUGAGUUUUCAAUUACAACCGAUUUUUUUAAAAUGAAUCCUACCAUUAAAUCCUUUUCCCUUGAGUUGAAUAUUACUAGAUGUAUUGAUAAUGGAAGAAAAGUAUCUUGCAGCAGCGGUGUCUCAACACUAAACAUUAUUAUCAAUGAUCCUCCAUAUAAGGGAGUGUGUACAGUUGCAAAUCUUGGAGUAACAGAGGAAAACAAUCCGUCCGCCCCUGGCUUUAACACAGCUUUACUGGAUAUAUUCCACUUAAAAUGCUCAGGAUGGUCGGAUCCUAACAAGCAGUCCAUCAAAAAAUAUGUUUUUAAAAUAACUAAAACCACGGCCCGUGGUAAUGAAACAAGUCUUCUGUAUUCUGGUCCACUGGAUAAUACUAAAGCUGUAUUUGGAUACGGAAAAUUCUAUCUUAUUGCUGAGAUCUGGGAUGAAGCUGGAGCGUUUGCUACCUACGUCAUAGAUCCAGCGUUCCCUACAAUAUUACCAACCCGGGCUGCAUAUGAAGCUUUUCCCUAUGAUGAAGAAAUUAAGAAAUAUCAAGAUACUGGGGAUACUUCUAGAACUGCAAUGCUUCUCCAGGCUGAGUCAAGUGUACGGCAAUCUGCAAACUGGUUUAGUAUUGAGAAUAUGGCGGGAGAUGUAUCUAGAGCAAACAUGUCUAUAGCUGCUGGACAACAAUAUGAUGCACUGCUCAGAGAUCUAACAAAUUCCAACACGAAAAUGAUUGAAAUUGCAGCCGACACUUUAGAAUUUAACUCUAUAGAAUCCCUGGAUCAAGGAUCAAGCACUCUCUAUACAAUCACUAGUCAACUGGUGAAGGGAGGGGAUAUUUCUAAAACAUUGGACAUGAAGGGAAGAGAGGCUGCAGUAAAACUGAUAGAUAAAAUGAACACUGGAUUUCAGAAGCUCCAAAUCUCUGAUCCUAACAAACUCAAAUCCUUCAUUGAGGGAACAACAGGAUCAAUACUUGCUAUUCUAACCAGCUUAAACACUGUUUUGUAUUCCAACGACCCAGCUGACCUGCCGCUAACAGAUCUUGAUGCAGCGGCCAGCUUGCCGUACGAUACAGAUAUUCCUGAUGGUGACGCUGAUAUACCCGAUGAUAAGGCGGUGGCCUUCCAAUUGAACACGAUGAGGGUGACCAGGAUGAACUCUGUGGCCCAGGUCAAGGUUAUGGUUGAUCUAGUGGAUGAUAUGGCAAAGAAGGCUAUAACCUCUCAGGUGGUUGGAGAGGUUAUGGAUACCAAGGCACCACUGGGAGUAGCAAUUAAAUUAGCAAAGGUGUCUGGAGCUAAUACUAUCGGGAAGGAUAUGAAUGGAGACGGUAUACCGGAUAAACCUCUUGUCUAUACUUUCAAGGAGAGUGAAACAAGGGUUGAGUUUCCUCUAAACUUCUGCCCAGGCAAACUCUUCGAAUGGGUUGAAGGGUCCGGAGAUGAUAGAGUAAGAAAAUCCUCACUUCACAUGACACCAAACCAGAUUACGUUUCCUUGUAUUGGAACCUGGGGAAUUGCCAUCAAAGAAUGGCAAGUUAUUAAACAGGCCUACCCUGUAUCUGCUCAAAACUUGAAUCGACUAACGAAGACGAUAGAUGUUGACAUCUAUGAUGAAAACUCUGAUAAAGUUGAUGUCAAGCUUCCAUCUAACGUCUCUAUAAAGAUUACUAUCGGAAGGAUGAAAGAGAAGGAUAAUACUGGUUUAGGAAUUCUAGCUAUGCCCACAGCAGUCAAUAUUAAUGUUACGGACAACCUUGAAACAAUAAACAAGCGUAAGCGGCUUCCUAUUCUCUAUCAUCAAGUCGAGGUGGAUAAAUCCUACGCAACUGUAAACUUUCAGAUUAAAGGAUUUAAUGUUUUCAGUAACCUGGCUGUCAUGGCCAAGUUUGGAAGCAUGAUGGUGGACAAUGAUUGUGAUUUUAUUCAGAGAAUAAAUGAUGUCAAGAAAAGGGACGGAGAAUGGGUUGAUUGGUUUAUUGGUGUUGAUCAAAUCCAGAACAGGACUGGGGAUUGGUAUUUCGGAGUAGUUGCUCUAGCUAAUGACGUUCCGGAUACAGUUUCUGUAAAUAAAUCCUGCUCUGAUCUUACCAAGAGUCAUCUCUUACCUAACUUCAAUACUUCAGAGUAUACAAUCAGAAUAUAUAUUGGAGGCUGUUAUUAUUUCAAUGUUUCAACAGAAGCCUGGGAAGGAACUGGAGUGGAGGUUGAGGGUAAGGGAGAUAAUACAAUAUCCUAUUGUAAAACAAACCAUUUAACCUCAUUCGGUACUGGAUUCUUCACCGCUCCGAAUACAAUAGAUUUCGAAUUCGUUUUUACAGAAUUCGAUCUACAGGAUAAUGUUACAAUAUUUAUGGUUAUACUCGUCACCAUCAUUUUCUUCCUGAUCAUCCUUAUUUGGGCGAUACUCAAGGAUAAGAAAGAUAUAAAAGACCAAGAGCCCCACUGGAUGAAUGAUAAUCUACCCCAGGAUCAUUAUAUCUACGAGAUCUUAGUGCAGACCGGUCCAAUGCUCUCCCAUGGGACGGAGUCUAAGGUUCAGUUUAUCUUGACAGGAGAGGAGGAUGAGACCCAAAUAAGAACCCUCAGCGAUCCAUCAAAACAAUUUUUUAAAAAAGGAAGCUUGGAUACUUUUGUUAUGACAACUGAUAGGUCCCUAGGAAAUCUGCAGUACAUAAAGAUCUGGCAUGAUAACAGUGGUAUAAGAGAAAUGCAACCCUGGUAUUUAGCAUAUAUAAUUAUCUACGAUAUUCAAACUGGAGAGAAGUACAGAUUCCUAGCAGAUAGAUGGCUCGCGAUAGACAGGGACGAGUUUACAUCAGAAAUACAGGUUCCAGUUUCGUUAGUGGAUGGAGAAGCAGAUGUUUCAUUCUUAUUUAGAACGGGUCUGUUUAAUAUCCUGAAAGAUGAUCAUGUCUGGUGGAGCGUGUUCUCCCGUCCUAUCCGGAGUAGGUUUACUAGAACCCAGAGAGCUUGUGUUAGUAUGGCAACCCUGUACCUUGCUCUCCUCACUAAUGCUAUGUGGUACGGAGUAAAUGAUGCAUACGUUGGAACUUCCUUUGGAAACAUUGCAAAUAUUUUCUCCUUAACCUCAUCAGAAAUACAGAUCGGUGUAUUCUCCAAUAUCAUCAUCUUCGUCCCCGCUAUCAUCAUGAUCAUGCUCUUCCGUAAAGCUGGUGCUCUGAGUAAAGGAAAGAAUAGGAUUGAUAAAACUAUAGAAAGAGCUGCUGCCGAAGGAAAGAUAGUGCUACCAGAGAAAACAUAUCAUAGAACAAAAGAAGAAGAAGAUGAAAAAAAGACUGGAGAUUGGCCGUCCUAUUGUUACUUUAUAGCCUGGAUCUUUACAGUACUAUUUAUCCUGGGUGGAAUGGGUAUGGUGGCCAUGUAUGGUCUCCAGUUUGGAAAUGAGAAAACCUACGGCUGGUUUACAGCAAUUACAAUCAACUUCUUCUGGAAUGUUUUUGUGGAAUCUCCAAUCAAGGUUCUGAUAGUUGCUGGAUUUAUUGCUUUGGUACGAAGAAAACCCAACUGGAACCAAGACCAUCUUGAUGCUGAUCAGGAGCUACCAACAAUAUAUUUUGAUCCGGAAGCAAUAGACAAUGCUCGCCCAUCUAAACCUAAAGCUGAGGUUCCAGAGUUUGAUCCUGCCUACCUUGAACCUCUCAGGUUCCGACGAGUACAGGAAGGAGAAAUGAACGCAACCAUUCAAGAAAUUUUAGUUUAUCUUGUUUACCUUGUUAUCGUGAUUGCUGUAGCUAACGGGAACAGAAACCCUAAUUCAUUCUACAUGAAGGAUAUGUUAGCAACCACUGUUGUGCAUGGUGGAUUGCUGUGUAGUAGACCCGACGGUAUACCCUGUGAUCCCGACGAAGAUCUAAAAGUAUUCCACAAUCCGUACCUUCCAGGAGAACAUGAAGUUCCGUUCUCAUUCGUGGAUUUUAUGCAGGUUCGAGAAGUCAAUCAAUUUUGGAUGUGGUUCAAUGCAACCCUGAUACCUAAUGUGAGAGUACAGAGCUGGUAUAACGAUGAUCCUCCGUAUGGACUCAGAGGAUAUCUGGAUGACCGUGUGAACCGAUUGAUCGGAUACGCAGUUGUGCGGCAAGUGCGCGAGAAGAUUGGAAAUUGCCGCGCUCCUCCGCAGAUGAGAGAUUAUGUGGAGAGCUGUACGGGAGAUCUGGAAAUCCCAUUAUUAGAGGAAGACGACAGAACCUACUGUCUGGGUUGGAAACCGGUUAUUGCUGAAGAUUGUGUACGGAUGCGUGAGUUUCAGUACAUUAGUGAAACCAAGAGAGAAGCAUCAGCUACUAAGGGGGUUUACAGAUCAUACAGUGGGGGCGGAUAUGAACUUAAAAUGAAGGGCAGUAUUGGUGAAUUGAAGGAUAAGAUUGAGGUUCUACAGAACAGUUCCUGGAUAGAUAAUAGAACAAGAGCAGUUAUGGUAGAAUUCUCUGUUUUCAAUGCACAGGUAAACCAGUUUGGAGUAGUUAGAAUCCUCGCUGAGUUUGUUGGAGGAGGGUUAAUACCAACCUAUAGGAUAGAUGUCAUUACUCUCACCAAAACAUACGAUUUCGGGGGAUACAUCACUGCUAUUGCAGAGUUACUGUUCGUGAUCUCAACCUUCUACUACCUUCUCAACGUGAUCCUGACUCUAAAGAGUAUGGGGUUGAGGGAUUACUUCAAGGAGUCCUGGAACGUGGUGGAUAUCCUCACAAUAACAGUCUCAAUCCUUACCAUCGGAAUUUGGGGAAUUAAGUAUAUUCGAGUAGCAGUAUUCACCCAGCAGAUUGCUAAGACAGGAGGAAAUGAUUAUGUUCCAAUAGAUUCUGCACAGAGUAUAAAUCUAAUCUAUGAUUACUUAUGCUCUCUCACUGUAUUCACAUCUAUGCUUAAACUCUGCAGGCUUCUCAGUUUCCAAAAAGCCUUCAGACAGAUCGCUGCAACCAUCAAGCUCUGCUUCAUAGGACUCUCAACCUUCAUCGUCGAGUUCAUCAUCGUGUUCGGAUCCUUCUGCUGCUUCUUCUUCUUCAUGCUCUCCGCCUACCUCUCCAACUUCAGGGAUAUGUUGAGGACAGUGGAGAAUACUCUCGCCAUGGCCAUCGGGAAGUUCAACUUUGCCAGCUUGAAGGAGGCCAGUGAGAUGGCGGCUUGGAUUUUCUUCGCCUUCUCAAUUGUUGUAAACAUGAUCCUGAUCAAUAUGAUGAUGGCUAUCAUCAACAUGGCCUUCGAGGAGAUCAAGAACGAAAAAGAGGCUUUCCAGAACAAGUUUGAGAUCAUUGAGUACAUCAAGAGAUCGAUUAAAGAGUUAACUGGAGUCAGGCCUGCUCAACGAGAUCUCCCAGUUUUCAAGAUUGAUAAACCCGAGGAGGACGGAGAGGUGAUACCAGAAAUAAUCGAGGAGGAUCUGGACAACGGAGAGAAACCAAUCAGUGUUGAGUUCUCCGACAAGACGAACCAGCUCCUGGAGUAUAUUGAGAAGACGUAUCUUAGUGGAUUCCCACCACAGGACGGACAGAAAAUAUUAGAGAAGAUGAGGCUAGCGGAGAAUACUAAUAAGGCGAAAGUGAUGGUUUAUGGAUUCGACAAUAUAUUUGGCGAAGGACCAACUCCUACUCCUAGUAUGUUGGGAGGAGUAGGAGAGGAGGAUGAGGAGGUAGAUAUGGAGAACAUGGAUCUUAUCAAUUUCGACUCCCAGUCCCUCUACAGCAAUGCAAGCAAUGUGGACGGGAUGAAUAUUUAAUCCUGGAAAUCUACCAAAAUGCUGAAAAUUAAAAAAAUAUGACAAAGUUUGUAUAAAACUGGUAAAAAUGGUUUCUUCAGUGUGAUAUUAUAUGAAAAAUCUAAUUAAUAUGUAGCAAUAAAUUGAUCUCAAUAAAUCUUUUUUUAUUUUG